AUGUCGGCCCCCCGGCUGCGCGCGCUGCAGCUGCUGCUCCUGCUGGGCGCGUUGUGGGCGCGGGCGGGCGCCCCGCGCUGCACCUACACCUUCGUGCUGCCGCAGCAGAAGUUCACGGGCGCCGUGUGCUGGAGCAGUCCCGCGGCCGCACGGCCGGCGCCGGAGGCCGUGAACGCCAGCGAGGUGGCGGCGCUGCGCAUGCGCCUGGGCCGCCACGAGGAGCUGCUGCGCGAACUGCAGCGGCUGGCGGCGGCCGACGGCGCCGUGGCCGGCGAGGUGCGCGCGCUGCGCAAGGAGAGCCGCGGCCUGAGCGCGCGCCUGGGCCAGCUGCGCGCGCAGCUGCAGCACGAGGCGGGGCCGGGGGCGGGGCCGGGGGCGGGGGCGGAGCCUGCCGCCGCCCUGGCGCUGCUCGGGGAGCGCGUGCUCAACGCGUCUGCCGAGGCGCAGCGCGCCGCCGCCCGCUUCCACCAGCUGGACGUCAAGUUCCGCGAGCUGGCGCAGCUGGUCAGCCAGCAGAGCGGCCUCAUCGCCCGCCUGGAGCGCCUGUGCCCGGGGGGCGCGGGCGGGCAGCAGCAGGUCCUACCACCUCCCCUGGUACCUGUGGUUCCAGUCAGUCUGGUAGGUGGCACCAAUGACACCAGCAGGAGGCUGGACCCAUCCCCAGAACCCCAGAGGGACCAGAUCCUGAGACAACAGGGACCAUUGGCCUCUCCCAUGCCUGCAGGGCACCCUGCUGUCCCCACCAAGCCAGCAGGCCCAUGGCAGGACUGUGCAGAGGCCCACCAGGCAGGCCAUGAGCAGAGUGGAGUGUAUGAGCUGCAGCUGGGCCGGCAUGUGGUGUCAGCAUGGUGUGAGCAGCAGCUGGAAGGUGGAGGCUGGACUGUGAUCCAGCGGCGGCGAGAUGGCUCUGUCAACUUCUUCACCACCUGGCAGCACUACAAGGUGGGCUUUGGAGAGCCUGAUGGGGAAUACUGGCUGGGUCUUGAACCUGUGCAUCAGCUGACCAGCCGUGGGGACCAUGAGCUGCUGGUGCUCCUGGAGGAUUGGGGAGGCCGUGGGGCACGUGCCCGCUAUGAUGGCUUCUCCCUGGAGCCUGAGAGCGACCACUACCGCCUGCGGCUUGGCCAGUACCAUGGUGAUGCAGGAGAUUCCCUUUCCUGGCACAAUGACAAACCCUUCAGCACCGUGGACAGGGACCAAGACUCUUAUUCUGGUAACUGCGCCCUGUACCAGCGGGGAGGCUGGUGGUACCAUGCCUGUGCCCACUCCAACCUCAAUGGCAUAUGGCACCGUGGUGGCCACUACCGCAGCCGCUACCAAGAUGGUGUCUACUGGGCUGAGUUUCGUGGUGGGGCCUACUCUCUCAAGAAGGCUGCCAUGCUGAUCCGGCCCCUGAGGCUGUGA